AGUUCGUACGAAACUAGUACAUCUCAACAAGCAUGGCCGAUGUACAAGACGUUCAAGCUGUGGAAGAAACAACUAUGAAAGAAGAUGCCCCUGUGAACGGUGUUGAAGAUGAUGCUGACAACGAAGGAGGGUCAUCGGAACAAACCAAGAAAAAGAAAAAGCGGAAGAAGAAGAAAAAGACAGGAGGCGAAGGGGAUGGAGCAGGUGAUGGAGAAGAUGGAGAUGAAGUGAAAGAUGUUACGGAGAAGAUAGAAAAAGCAAGCUUAGAUGAUGACCCAGAGGAUGGAGAAGGUGAAGCAACUGGCGCCGGUAAGAAGAAGAAGAAAAAGAAGAAGAAGAAAGGGCCGAAACAACAGACAGUGCCACCAUCCAUCCCUGUCUGUGAGCUGUUUGCGGAGGACAACUACCCAGAGGGACAGAUCAUGGAGUACCCAGUGCUUCAGGACAAUCGCACAGCCAAGGAUAGGUUCAGCAGUGAGGAGAAGAAAGCGUUGGACCAGGCACAUACGUCCCUGUACCAGGAAGUGCGACAGGCAGCUGAGGCUCACAGACAGACCAGACAGUACAUGAGGGACUUCAUCAAACCAGGGAUGAAGAUGUUUGAUAUCUGUGAGACCCUGGAAGGUAUUGCCAGGAAGCUGAUCAAGGAGAAUGGGUUGGAGGCGGGGUUGGCAUUCCCCACGGGAUGUUCCCUGAACCACUGCGCCGCCCACUACACGCCCAACGCUGGCGACCAGACGGUCCUGCAGUAUGAUGAUGUCUGCAAGAUCGACUUCGGAACUCACAUUAACGGUCAUCUGGUGGACUGUGCUUUCACGCUGACGUUUAAUGAAAAGUACGACAAACUGCUUCAGGCUGUGAAAGAUGCAACAAAUACGGGUAUUAGGGAAUGUGGCAUUGAUGUGCGUCUGUGUGAUGUUGGUGAGCGAAUACAGGAAGUCAUGGAGUCAUACGAGGUGGAGCUGGACGGCAAAACAUAUCCAGUGAAGUCUAUCCGGAAUCUCAACGGUCACUCAGUGUCCCAGUACAGGAUCCAUGCAGGGAAGACGGUGCCCAUCGUGAAGGGAGGGGACGCCACAAAGAUGGAGGAGGGGGAGUUCUACGCCAUCGAGACAUUUGGCAGCACAGGAAAAGGCGUGGUCCAUGAUGACAUGGAGGUUUCACAUUACAUGAAAAACUUUGAAGUUGGACAUAUUCCACUCAGGUUGACAAAGUCCAAGCAACUGCUGAAUGUCAUCAACCAGAACUUCGGAACACUGGCGUUCUGUCGGCGCUGGUUGGACCGUCUCAACCAGACCAAGUACUUGAUGGGUCUGAAGAACUUGUGUGACGUGGGGAUAAUUGACCCCUACCCCCCACUCUGUGACAUUAAAGGCUGCUACACAGCCCAAUUUGAGCACACCAUCAUCCUCCGACCCACAUGUAAAGAAGUCGUAACAAGGGGAGACGAUUAUUGAGUCGUCCGAACUCUCCACUGUGGAGGCAGCUUGUUGUCAGUGGCCAUGGCCGUUGUUAUGAAGACACGGUCACCACAAUCGCCAACAAAGAUGGACUUAGACCCAAAACUUGAAGUAUUCAUCACCUGCAAGGUGGUUACAGUUGGUUACAGGUGGUUACAGGUUACAACACAACGAUACUGUGAAUUUCCUCAGAUAAUGAUCUUGACAUUGACAUUUAUGAACAAAGAUAUCCGACACAACUUCAUUCAGGAGUUUGUGUUUUAGGUAAAAUAUGGGUCAGAAAAACGAAAGGCCACAGGACAGUGACCAACGUAGUCUCCACAACCAUUACAUUGUUAUACAGGUUAGGUCGUUGUUUACAUGAUAAGUGAAACAAAUGCUCCCAGUUUGUCAAAUUGGUAAUCUUUCAAAUGGAUUAAAUACAUGCUUACUUGAGUAAGAGAACAAAGUCGUCAUCUCAGAUGUUUUCCUGAUAAUGAUGUUGCCAUAGCUACUGCUGCACUGUUGCCACUGGUAUUACCUUUACUGACAUGGUCCUGAAGGUGUGGAGACGGUGGAAACUCUUUGGAAAUGUGACAGUCGAUGAUGUUUCCUGGAAACAGAUUGUUUCGAGAGAAGGGGUGAUAAUUUAAUGACGAGGAUGAUGAUCUUGCGUUUCCAGCCCAGAUACCAACCAAUAUGAGGACUAUUAACUGCUUCCUGUAUACAAUAUGGUGUUUGUAUAUACCUGAACUCUGUACGAGUGGUACUGUUUACGAUUUGUAAUCAGAAUUUGCAAAGUUGCAUGUUUGUUGCUUGUUUUUGAAUCCUUCAUCAUUCAGUGUAUCAUUUCUCAAUUCUGUUAGGAUAUUUGUCCUGGACCGAUUUGCUGCUUACCUUCGUUUAUGAGGCUGGUUUGAAUAAUACAGUGGUAGAAUAUACAUGUAUAUUCAAUAACACUGUUCUUUCAGGAUCCUGUCUAUCCCAGGUAUCACUAAAUUUCUUCUUGUUUGUUUUUUGCAUCAAUCCGUGCUGUUCCAGCUCUAUGAUGGUAUUGAGACUGAACCAGACUGGAUCACUUAUGACACUGCUGUGAUUCACUUAAAUACAUCACACGGACAAGGCAGAGAUGUUAAAUUUAGGUCUAUAAAAAACUGGCGUUAAGAAGAGGCAUCUUGUUGAGUUCAAACUCAUGCAUGAGAGAAAUUCUAUGUCAGGUAAGUGACAAGAGCAAUGGGGCUGGUGACGGGUCCAGGGUAUUGAUUGUAACAGGAUGGAGAAAAAGAACCUGGAUAGUUGAGGAUGUCGUUUUUGUUGCAAGUUCAUAUCUUUACAAAGACAAAUAUGAGAUGUUCUGGUGAAAGAAAUUGUAUUAUAUUUAACACUUUUGCCAGUCUCAUUUUCAAUCUCGCAAAACAGGGGCAGAUAACUCUAAGAGAUAUUCAUGGACAUGAUUACAUACCAUUAGAAAAAAAACAAUCUCAUCACACUGAUAUUCAAAUAAGACAAGAAACUAUUUUAGCCUGUAUUUACAUGUUGUUGUUUUUCAUAUGUGAUAAUGGUGGGAAUAUGUUUACGGUAUGGCAUUUGUAAUGAAACAGGACACAUGGCUAUGAAUUCAAGAUGUUUCUGCAAAGAGCUGUGGAAGUUAAAGAUUUAUGCCCGAGGAAGUGCUUUGAAUGUACAUUGCUCUAUAGUUAUGCAGUUGUACAGUGUGUGAAUGUCCAGGGGAAGUUUGUUGAUGGAGAUCUUUUGUUCAAUCUGUUUGUCAGGUUUCCUGUUCAUGUUUACCUCAGAUGAUUUUUUCCCCCUUUUUUCUCAAGAAAAUCAAAUUCUAUGAAAUGUCGAAGAUAUUAUUGAGAUAAUAGCAGGACAUAUUGUAAUUUGGACAAUGGGAUAGUUAAGCGGAUCGAGUGUUUGCUUGUCACUGAAUACUCAGGGUUGGAUUCCCUGCAUGGGAAUAAUGUGAAGUGUUUCAUUUGAAAUUUAGAUUUAAUUUAAUAAUGUUAAUGGUCUAAGAGCCCUCUCCAGUCAUUGGUUGAUCAGUAGUUUGCACAAGACAAGGAAUGUGCCAGUGACUUGGUGUAGUUUCCACAGGAAGUUUCCAUUUGAAUGAGAAUCAUGUAUAAGAUAUACCCGGUUCUGCCAUUCAGGCUGAUUUUACUUAAUACUUUCCAUGGAAUUUUUGAUACAUGCUGAAGUUGAUUUCUGCCACACGAGAGGGAAACUUUGGUUUUACCAAAGGGAGAACUGAAAUAAUAAUGAUAUUAGUCCUCUUGUAUAGUGCAUAACUCUACACACAUUGUGUGCUCAAAGUGAUUUGAUAGGGUCUAUCUAUGUGUUUUAGAAAGUUUGUUUCUGGAUUGGCCCAAUUAAGCCCCUGGACAUAUUUUGAAGCUGUUGGAGCAUUCAUUAAUGUUUAGGUCUGAGGUCGGAGGUCUUGGUGAGUAAAACGUCACUAGAUAAAAAUCGAAAAUUGAUAACCCAACAAAGGCAACUUUUCAUUCCUGUCAAACUGAUACCUGAUACUUUAAGACCUCUGUCGGCGGUAGAAACUAAAAGUUUUAGUCCACUAGUCCUUAUGAUGAUAACAAGUAGCAAAACCCUUAUAAAGGGCAAAUAUCUACUAAUAGUUGAUAUCUCAACUAUUGGGCAGUUUGGCAAGGACAACAAUACUAGGGCCAAUUUCUAACACAGUCAGUUCAACUGUCGUCAAAAUUAGGAGUUCUUUCCCUUGGCAGUGGUUGAGACCUGUUGCUUUCACUGAAAUCGAUAUGAAUAGUUUUUAAAUGGCUCAGUAUUUUUUUUCUGAAUAAUUGUGACCUAAGCUAUGCAAAGCACGCAAAAGAAAAAGGUUGACCUAACUUCCUAAGUAAUACAAAAAAAAAUAAUAAUAAUUUUGAGUCUCGGAGAGCAAAUAGCAUUUAGUUGAAACAUCACCGGGUUUAUAACAGAUUGGUGAUUUUCACAAUGUUUAAUACUCACAGACUUGAUACACAGUAUUCCAGGAUAUGCAAUGUACCAGAAUUGGCGACCAGGUGAUCAGUUGUUGUUGGAGGAAUAGCAACACAGUUUUUACAAUACAUUGUACAUUUAACUGUCUUUGGGGUAAAUUUGCAAGUAUGGAGAAAAUAUUUGGAUGAGAAUGUAUUUUUGAAUGCAAUAUUUAUGUCCAGAAUAUGUACACUAGUAUCAGUGAACUGAAGGUGACAACCAAACCAUUAUAAAGCACCCCCAGUGGGGCUACAACUGUAAAGUCCUGAUGUGAUGCAUAUUAUGAUAAUCAAUGAUAUAUUGCCAGGAAACAAACACCAAACAAUUUGUUUCAGACAGCUACAUAGCCUUCAGUCCUAAAAUCGAAGUUUUUAAAAAAUUAAAUUUCCAGUUCACAUCAAGGCUAUAUACAAGCACUUGCUGGAUUUGAAAAAAACCAAUUACGAUUUAGAGAAUAUUUGACAGCUAUAAGCAUGAUAAGUGUGACUUCAGACAGAUAUUUCACAUAGCUGAUUGUUAAGAAUGUAAUUGAUAGAUGAAUUGAUGCAUUUUGAAGCUUCAGGAAGAUCAGAUAUUCAUGCAACCUCCACAAAACAUAGCAUUAUAAGUGACAAAUGGCAUGUUCUGGUCCGUUUCACAACGUGAUUGUAGCACGACUACCGUGACUCCUGUAGUUACUCAGACUUCCAUAGUCGUAAGAUGGGACACUGGAGUAGGUCUGCCUCUGAUGGUCCCUUGUGAUAGUUGUCUGGUCAUGAAACCCUCUUCCAAUGCGCACACCAAUGUUGAGAAGGACAUGGAAUGAAGACGGAAUAAACUAUUAAAUAUU